AUGGAUGGCUACGAUUUCCAUACAGUUUCGUUGUCAGUAUCCCGUCUCGCGACCUUCUACAAUCAACACAGGGAACACAUUUCAACAUCAAUCACUCUGACACUGCUCUUCCGUUCUGUGGGCGCCGCUACCUUCGGCAUAGCUGGCGACCUCUACGGGAGGAAAUAUCCCAUGAUUGUGAAUUUGGUUAUUAUCGCGGCCCUCCAACUCGCAACCGCGUACUGCGCGACUUUCAGCCAGUUCUUGGGUGUGCGUGCUCUUUUCGGCAUCGGGAUGGGUGGCAUUUGGGGUUUGGCGGCUUCUAUGGGUCUCGAAAAUAUGCCCAUGGAAGCUCGUGGACUCUUUUCUGGAAUUCUUCAGCAGGGCUACGCUCUCGGUUAUCUCAUCGCCGCUGUAUUCAACUUAUAUGUCGUCCCCAAUUCGUCUCACAGUUGGAAGGCCCUCUUCUUUAUUGGCGCAGGCUUGACUGUCGCUGUCGCUAUCGCCCGUCUAUUCUUCCCCGAAUCCAAGCAGUUCAUCGAGGCCAAGAGAAGCGGGGAAAAUGCAACGGGAAGGAAGAAGGUUAAGCUUUUCUGGAAAGAUGGAAAGAAUAUUAUGAAAGAGUACUGGAAGAGAGCUAUCUACGCUGUCGUCAUGAUGGCCCUAUUCAACUUCAUGUCCCACACCUCGCAAGAUAUGUAUCCGACCUACAUGCAACAGACUAAAGGAUUCAGCCCCCAAAUGUCCUCCAAGGCCACAAUCAUUGCAAAGACUGGAGCCCUUGUCGGCGGCACGAUCUGUGGAUACUACUCGCAAUUCUUUGGCCGCCGAGCAACCAUCAUGGUAGCCACCUUCUGCGGUGCUUGCCUGAUCCCAAUGUGGGUCCUUCCGUCAAGCUGGGGAACCCUCACCGCCGGCGCCUUCCUCAUCCAAUUUAUGGUUCAAGGGGCAUGGGGUGUCGUUCCAAUCCAUCUUCAAGAGCUCUCCCCCCCUCAAUUCAGGUCCUCCUUUCCCGGCAUUGCGUAUCAACUUGGAAACAUGAUCUCUGCACCCGCUGCUCAAAUUUCUUCCGUGAUCUCUGAGGGCUGGAUCAUCCACGUUAACGGGGAAGAACGUCCAGACUACGCACGCACCCAGGCUGCCAUGAUGGCGGUCAUCUUCUCGCUUCUUUGCUUCUGGAUCGCUUGCGGCAGUGAGGUGCGCGGAAGUCACUUUGAGCUUGCGGCCGCCGCUGGUGGUGACGACAGUCACAAUGACAAGCUACGCAAUUUGGAGAACCUUGAAAUGCGGGACCCUUUUGAUACGCCGAAGGAGGAUGUCGAGAUCGCCGAAAACAAACACUCCAAGGAGUGA